GCACCCGCACCUACCCCACCCGGGAGGGACAAGGAGCACCCUUCCAGAGCGUCCCUGGAGGGGCCUACUCCCCGCGCGCCGCCUCUAGGCCUCCUGUCCUUGCUUCCUCUUUUCCUCCCGGGCUGCCUGGUUUCCUUCUUCUGGACUUCCUCCAGCCACUGGGCGGCGCAUCCUUCGCCCUUUCCGUCCUUCCGCGUCUCCUCCCUGGCCCUGGAGGCUAGUCUAGAUUGCGCCGCAUUCCCGCUCAUCGCACACUGCCGUUUCUAACAUCUUCCGUGGCUUUCUAGGUGACCUGUUGUUCAUGCACUUCACUUAGUGCUGUCUUGGACUUUUGGGCCGAGGUCCCUGAUUAUCAGCCACCUUAUCUCUGCUUUUUUUUUUUUUUUUUUUUGAGACAGAGUCUCGCUGUCGCCCAGGCUGGAGUGCAGUCGCGCGAUCACUCACUGCAGGCUUCGCCCUCCGGGGUUCACGCCAUUCUCCUGCCUCAGCCUCCCGAGUAGCUGGGACUACAGCGGCCCACCGCCUCGCCCAGCUAAUUUUUUUUUGUAUUUUUAGUAGAGACGGGGUUUCACUGUGUUAGCCAGGAUGGUCUCCAUCUCCUGACCUCGUGAUCCGCCCGCCUCGGCCUCCCAAAGUGCUGGGAUUACAGGCGUGAGCCACCGCGCCCGGCUCCUUAUCUCUGCUAAUGGUGGCUCUGGAAUUAGCCAGAUGCUGAUCUAGCUCUUUGUUCUGUGUGGCCUUCUAGUUCCACGGUUAAAGUUCAUAUCUUUGUUUUUGUUUCCUCCUGUGAUUUGAUUAACGAAAUCCUCCUGGAUUUAAUUAACGAAAGAAUUUGAGUAAAAGUGAGAAUUGGAAUUAGGGUGCUAUAAGCAUUAUAAUAAUUUGGCCUUCUCACUGUUGGUUAACUCUUUAAUGUUUUUUCGGGAUGGGGCAAAUAUUGGAAAUAAGAGGAUGGAGUUCCGUGGCUUAUGUCUGUAAGAGUCAGAAAAUCCUUCCUGGAGAGUCCUUAGGCUGUGGCUGCCAAUUAUCUCAGGUUUGCUGGUUGGCUCCCGAGCAGACAGCAGGAAAGAAGAAGCCCUUUAUGUACACCCAGGGCCAGGCUGUCCUAAACCGGGCCUUCUUCCCUUGCUUUGACACGCCUGCUGUUAAAUACAAGUAUUCAGCUCUUAUUGAGGUCCCAGAUGGCUUCACAGCUGUGAUGAGUGCUAGUACCUGGGAGAAGAGAGGUCCAAAUAAGUUCUUCUUCCAGAUGUGUCAGCCCAUCCCCUCCUAUCUGAUAGCUUUGGCCAUCGGAGAUCUGGUUUCGGCUGAAGUUGGACCCAGGAGCCGGGUGUGGGCUGAGCCCUGCCUGAUUGAUGCCGCCAAGGAGGAGUACAACGGGGUGAUAGAAGAAUUUUUGGCAACAGGAGAGAAGCUUUUUGGACCUUAUGUUUGGGGAAGCAGGUAUGACUUGCUCUUCAUGCCACCGUCCUUUCCAUUUGGAGGAAUGGAGAACCCUUGUCUGACCUUUGUCACCCCCUGCCUGCUAGCUGGGGACCGCUCCUUGGCAGAUGUCAUCAUCCAUGAGAUCUCCCACAGUUGGUUUGGGAACCUGGUCACCAACGCCAACUGGGGUGAAUUCUGGCUCAAUGAAGGUUUCACCAUGUACGCCCAGAGGAGGAUCUCCACCAUCCUCUUUGGCGCUGCGUACACCUGCUUGGAGGCUGCAACGGGGCGGGCUCUGCUGCGUCAGCACAUGGACAUCACUGGAGAGGAAAACCCACUCAACAAGCUCCGCGUGAAGAUUGAACCAGGCGUUGACCCGGACGACACCUAUAAUGAGACCCCCUACGAGAAAGGUUUCUGCUUUGUCUCAUACCUGGCCCACUUGGUGGGUGAUCAGGAUCAGUUUGACAAUUUUCUCAAGGCCUACGUGCAUGAAUUCAAAUUCCAAAGCAUCUUAGCUGAUGACUUUCUGGACUUCUACUUGGAAUAUUUCCCUGAGCUUAAGAAAAAGAGAGUGGAUAUCAUUCCAGGUUUUGAGUUUGAUCGAUGGCUGAAUACCCCUGGCUGGCCCCCUUACCUCCCUGAUCUCUCCCCUGGGGACUCACUCAUGAAGCCUGCUGAAGAGCUAGCCCAGCUGUGGGCAGCUGAGGAGCUGGAUAUGAAGGCCAUUGAAGCCGUGGCCAUCUCUCCCUGGAAGACCUAUCAGCUGGUCUACUUCCUGGAUAAGAUCCUCCAGAAAUCCCCUCUCCCUCGUGGGAAUGUGAAAAAACUUGGAGAGACAUACCCAAGUAUCUCAAAUGCCCGGAAUGCAGAGCUCCGGCUACGAUGGGGCCAAAUUGUCCUUAAGAACGACUACCAGAAAGAUUUCUGGAAAGUGAAGGAGUUCCUGCAUAACCAGGGGAAGCAGAAGUAUACACUUCCGCUGUACCACGCAAUGAUGGGUGGCAGUGAGGUGGCCCAGACCCUCGCCAAGGAGACCUUUGCAUCCACCGCCUCCCAGCUCCACAGCAAUGUUGUCAACUAUGUCCAGCAGAUCGUGGCACCCAAGGGCAGUUAGAGGCUCCUGUGCAUGGCCCCUGCCUCUUUAGGCUUUCCAGGCUUUCAGAAUAAUUGUUUGUUCCCAAAUUCCUGUUCUCUGAUCAACUUACUGGAGUUUAUAUCCCCUCAGGAUAAUCUGUUCUCUAGGCUUAGGUAUCUGUGACUCUUGGGCCUCUGCUCUGGUGGGAACUUACUUCUCUAUAGCCCACUGAGCCCUGAGACAGAGAACCUGCCCACAGCUCUCCCCGCUACAGGCUGCGGGCACUGCAGGGCAGCGGGUCUUCUCCCCACCUAAGUCUCUGGGAAGAAGUGGAGAGGACUGAUUCUCUUCUUUUCUUUUUUCUCUUUCUCUCCUUUUUCUUGCUGAUUUUAUGCAAAGGGCUGGCAUUCUGAUUGUUCUUUUUUCAGGUUUAAUCCUUAUUUUAAUAAAGUUUUCAAGCAAAAAUUAA